AGAUAUAGAUGUAAUCAGAGUACUCAUUGACAUUAGCUUCUCCAACAAAGAACUGCGCUCUUUAACUUGCCUUUAGUUUCUCUCAUCAUUUUUUCUAUAUAUCAUGAAGAAUUAUAGUUUACCAAUCUUCAAUUGUUUGUUUCUCCUGCUUCUUCUAUAUUGGCAGCCAAUAUCUAUUACUACUCAAACUGGUGAAGAACCAGAGUUUAACUAUAUUGAAGGGAGUCCAAAAGGACCCGAACAUUGGGGAGAACUUAAGCCAGAAUGGAAACUGUGUAAGAUUAGGCAUCAUCAAUCUCCAAUUGAUAUAUUGUAUAAGGACAUACGAGUUAACAUAAAUCUAGGAGAUCUGAGAUUGAAUUAUAAGGUUUCUGAUGCAAUCAUAAAGAAUACUGACAGUUAUGUCGAGUUUCCUGCCUCCAUGAACGCUGGUGCUGCUGUUCACCCCUACUGUGCGCCGCAUGGAAGAAAAAGAGAUGAAGAAAUCUCAGUCCGGCGGCGUGAGGAGGGAACUACAGUCAAUCGACAGAGUUUUUGGGUUGAAUGGGUAGGUGAUGCUGGAUCAAUUCAAAUCGAUUACGAGCAAUACAGCCUCUCUCAUUGCCAUUGGCACUCACCUGCAGAGCAUCUCAUCAAUGGCAAGAGGUAUGACUUGGAGCUGCAUGUGGUUCACGAAAACACGUCAAAUCAAGUUUCUGUUGUACGUGCCGAGUUUUACCAAAUUGGUGAGCCCGAUUCAUUCUUGACAAAGUUCACAGAGGAGCUAAAAACUUUGGUUAAUAAUAAGGGAGAGAGAGCCAUAGGGGUAAUAGAUCCUAUAGAGACGAACACAAAUACAUUCAUGUAUUACAGAUACGAUGGAUCACUUACAACACCUCCUUGUAAUGAAAGUGUUACUUGGAUCGUCAAUGGAAAGAUAAAUACCGUCUCAAGCAAACAAUUACAGUUACUUCGUGAAGCUAAUUUCGAUUUCCGCGGAGAGGAUAAUGCAAGGCCUGUACAGGCUCUCAAUGACCGGAAAAUCUUCCUAUGGUGAAGGUCAUUAUACUGUAGUAAAGUACUUCUUUCUCUAUGGCAAGAAAGGGGUUAUUCUACUGUAAUAAAGCAAUUCUUCCUCUAUGGCAAGAAAAGAGUUAUUCUACUGUAAUAAAGUAAUUCUUCCUCCAUGACGAAGAAAAAGGUUAUUCUACUUUAUUAAAUAGAUAAUUAAUUUUACAC